CCUAAGUACAUACUCCGUACCUGUACAGCCUCGUGCUAGGCCGCAUUGGGGAGCAUUUCGCGCAACCAAAAGCGGGGCCGAUGUAGAUCGCAGAUUCGGCGAACAUGUCGGUUGUAACCUCCUCUCCACCCUUUCUCCAUGCAUCUAACAACCGCUUCCGAGGCCGAGCACCUGGACCGACGCAUUCGACGUCAAUAUGGUCGGGGUUCCGGGACGCUCGAAAGCUUGUUGGACCUGCAGGAUGCGCAAGAAGGGCUGCGAUCAACAGCAACCAUCAUGCGGCCCCUGCAGACGCUCUGGUCUUGUUUGUGGGGGCUAUCACAGACCCCGCAUCUUCAUCAACAGCAGACAGGAGAAUGGUGAUGCCAGCACAUAUGGCUUCACGCCCGAAUCUUACACCGCACUGCAACAGAGCAAGACUGGAACUCGCAGCCUCACUCAAGAUCUGGUUGCUUUGACGUCAUCAACUGCGCUGUUGGUGCUAGAGCGAUCUUUAGGAUGCACUGCGCUAGAGGCAAAGUAUUUGGACUUUUAUUGGACCACUCUCCUCCCCAAUGGUCAGCCGUUCCCGCCACGAGCGGCACGAUAUUCGACCACCAGCUGGGCUGGAGUCGUGCAAGAUCUGUGUCAUCGGCAUAGCCUUGUACGGCUGGCCUUGCUCACCAACGCCCUGGGCUUGCUCGGCCAGGUGAGCGGGCGGCAGCAGAUCAUCGUGCAAGGAUGGCGCUUGUACGGGAGGUCUUUGCAGGCGGUGGCCAAGUCAAUUCCUGCCAACAACCAGGAAGGAAAUGACGGUCUGCUGGCGGCAUCAGGGCUCUUGGCCGCGUAUGAGCUGAUACAGACUGGCGAGGGCCAACGGUCGUGGCUCCCUGGUCCUGCCUGGCUAAGACAAGCUGCUGGCGAGAGAGCGAUCAUCUUAUCGAGACCGCCCGAAAGCUACGUGGACGGCAACAAUCACCUUCUUUUCGUUGACAGCCGCCUCCAUCUGGUAUAUGCAGACAUCCACCGUCGGAAGCGAUCUGUAUUUAGUUCCCCAGCAUGGAAGUCAGUUCCGUGGUCGCUGCAUCCCAAGGGUCCCCGAGAUAAGUUGUUGGAUAUCUUGAUUGAGAUUCCAGCUCUGCUAGAAGACCUUGAAAGCCUUCUUGCAGGUCUGUCCAACGAAGUGGCAAGACAAGCACUCUUUCGCCAGCAGCUAGAAGAAAGAUGUUGGCUAUACCAUAGUCAACUGCAGACAUGGUCGACCACCUCAGGCUCGUCCACAGUCACUUUUGUGGAAGACAAGAUCUCCAACGGAACCCACGAGAGCUCGGAGCCUUCCUCCGAACACUUCGCCAUGGCUCAUCUAGGCUUGAUCUACUGGGCCACAUGUAAUAUCCUACAUGAGGUUUUGUGGUACGUUGCCGGAAACGGCCGUGCGGGUCUCCCAGCGUGUAUCGAUGCGAGACUGUACUGUCGCAAGAUCGUCACGUUGAUGCCCUUCCUCCAACGUCCGGCCAUGGGCGCGUUUUUCUUGAACAUCGCCGGCUUCCCGGCCGCCGUGGCUGUGGGCUUUCUUGCCAGGCAAGAUCCGCCAGGCGAGGUCUCUGAAGAGCGCAGAAUGCUUCAGAAAGCUUUUCAAGACACCCACGGGGCUCAGCUGCGGAACUUUCUGGGAACGUGGCCGUGGCGGACUGAUCGGGAGACGGAAAUAGUCAACCGCACAAGAAGGGAGGAGUAG